AUGGGAGGCGUUCGUGAAAAGAAAGCUGAAUACUUUGCUAAGUUAAGAGAAUACUUGGAAGAAUACAAGUCUUUGUUCGUUGUUGGUGUCGACAAUGUUUCUUCCCAACAAAUGCACGAAGUCAGAAAGGAAUUGAGAGGCAGAGCUGUCGUCUUGAUGGGUAAAAACACCAUGGUUAGAAGAGCUAUCAGAGGUUUCCUAUCCGACUUACCAGACUUCGAAAAGUUGUUGCCUUUUGUCAAGGGUAACGUUGGUUUCGUUUUCACUAACGAACCAUUGACCGAAAUCAAGGACGUUAUCAUCUCUAACAGAGUUGCUGCCCCAGCUAGAGCCGGUGCCGUCGCUCCAGAAGACAUCUGGGUUAGAGCCGUUAACACUGGUAUGGAACCAGGUAAGACUUCUUUCUUCCAAGCUUUGGGUGUUCCAACCAAGAUUGCCAGAGGUACCAUUGAAAUUGUUUCCGAUGUCAAGGUCGUUGAUGCCGGUAACAAGGUUGGUCAAUCUGAAGCUUCUUUGUUGAACUUGUUGAACAUCUCUCCAUUCACUUUCGGUUUGACUGUUGUUCAAGUCUACGACAACGGUCAAGUCUUCCCAUCCUCUAUUUUGGAUAUCACCGAUGAAGAAUUGGUUUCUCACUUCGUUUCCGCUGUCAGCACCAUUGCUUCCAUCUCUUUGGCUAUUGGUUACCCAACCUUGCCAUCUGUCGGUCACACUUUGAUCAACAACUACAAGGACUUGCUAGCUGUUGCCAUUGCUGCUUCCUACCACUACCCUGAAAUUGAAGAAUUGGUUGACAGAAUUGAAAACCCAGAAAAGUACGCCUCCGCUGCCCCAGCUGCUGCCUCCGCUGCUUCUGGUGACGCUGCUCCAGCCGAAGAAGCUGCUGCUGAAGAAGAAGAAGAAUCUGAUGACGACAUGGGUUUCGGUUUAUUCGAUUAA